CGGGUUUGUGUUUCUUGUAGAGGCGUUAUUUUCGAAGGACCAUGGACGGCAUGUUCGGAGAAUUUGUAAACAGUCGAAUGACAUUGUUAUAAUCUUUCAGGAGAUGUCGGUGAUGUCUUGGUCUUUAAUGGUUAUAUGUAGUCAGUGAGAACAGUUAUUGUGGGCAACACAACGACGUUGCCCAUUAAAAGGCACCCAGCAAACCGAAGGGCAACAAUUGAAGCUGCAUUUGUUACUGCUAGAACUACAUCCUUGUCUACCUUGCUAAACCAUGCAGGCAGUCCGAAGGAGUUUACGGGGGUCGACCUGUCUUGCUCUGAGGUGUGCUUGUUCUGCACAGCAAAAUAUUUGGCAGUUUCCCCUCGUCAGUCGAAUGCAUUGUUCUCGUGUUCAAGACUCAAAGGUGCCUACACAGCCACAUGAACGCGAGCUGUCAUCCCGUAGUCUCCUUGAUUUGGGUUUCACAGAGACGCAGGCUGAGACGGUGUGCGAAGGUGUCAUUAAAGCUCUUGGGAAACGGUCCGAUACGUGUGACAUCUCGACAAUCAAGGCCUUACUAGUACUGGGUCUGAAUUCUUCUAGCAUUGUCAAAAUCCUUGAUAAAUCUCCUGGACUCUACAAAGAAAAGGGACCUGUCGUGGAAAAGCGAAUUCAGAACUUGUCGAAACUGGGACUAGUUGAAGGCAACAUCCAAAGAGUGGUCAGCCAUUAUCCCCAAAUCCUCGGUAUUCCUGCCAAGAACGUGAAUGCCGUAGUUCAGUUUCUCAAAACGAAGUGUCUCUUUACCUCCCAACAAGUGCGAGAGAUCCUUCGGGAUUCCCCUCAGGUGGUGGAGGAGAACCUCAAUGAUGUGGAUUAUAAAUUUCAGUAUGCCUACUUCCGCAUGGGGGUGAAACAGCCGGACAUGGUGAAAGCCAGACUAUUCAAGGUGGACAUAGAGGAGUUGCGCUGCAGACACUGUUUCCUGGAGCGACGAGGCUUUUACCAAACGCCUGACAAGAAAGGCCAGACUCUAGUCCUCAACCCAAAACUCAAGGACUUCCUCGCAGUCCCCGAAGACGUCUACCUGGAAAAGUUUGCCAAAGCUAGGAAAGCUGAGCUGGACGUGUUUCGUACAUUGCUGGCCCGAGAGGACAGAGAUGAGGGCAUUAAGGAAGAACACUGGCCCAUCGAGGAGGGUGUGGAAGGGAUCGAAGCAGAGGAAGAUGUGAUUGACUUGCAGAGGGGUGACAUGGGAUCCUCUGGAUAUGAGAGGAGAAAAAGGAAAUGAUGAGAAUCAGGUCUGGUCGGAUUUUUAGAACAAGACGUUGAACCAUCACUGUUGACACCCAUGACAGAUUAAGACUUGUUGCUGUUACCCCUUAUCUGCUCAGGCCUUAUUUUAAAGGAUGUGGAGUCACACAAAGGUGUAUGUGAUUAUGUUUAAGCUUGGGUAAAGCAAUGUGCAAUAAAAAAGGAGCAUUUUGCAAGA